GACUUAGUCGGGGGCGACCUGUCCAGCUGACUUUCCUCUGGGAGCUGCUGUAUGGGGCGGCUGAGGCAGGGCACGACAGCAAAAGCCAAGGCCCCUGGUAACACCGCGGAGCUCUGAAGCAGCCCGGGAACAUCUGACGUCAGGUUCUUGUACGGCCCAUCUGAGGAUACUGAACUUAAGGACGCAUAUCUCAUUCCAAGAAACAUCAUGGCUGAGCCAGACUACAUAGAAGAUGACAAUCCUGAACUAAUUAGGCCUCAGAAACUGGUCAAUCCUGUCAAAACAUCCCGCAACCAUCAGGAUCUUCACAGAGAACUUCUCAUGAAUCAAAAAAGGGGUCUUGCCCCUCAAAAUAAGCCAGAAUUGCAGAAAGUAAUGGAAAAGAGAAAACGAGAUCAAGUAAUAAAGCAGAAAGAAGAAGAAGCACAAAAGAAGAAAUCUGACUUGGAAAUAGAGCUAUUAAAACGGCAACAGAAGCUGGAGCAGCUUGAACUUGAGAAGCAGAAAUUGCAAGAAGAACAAGAAAAUGCCCCAGAGUUUGUGAAGGUUAAAGGCAAUCUCAGGAGAACAGGCCAAGAAGUGGCCCAAGCGCAGGAGUCGUAGGCCCCGGCGAUGGAGACGGCGCUCCUGGGCCAUCACGCGGGGAAGCUGUGAGCACGCGCCUCCUCAAUGCUUAAUCUCAGGGCCGAAGCCCCUGGCGAGAACCCCAGCCAGCAGAGAACAGUUAUUUUAAGAAGGAUUUGGUUUUGGUUUUCCUACAAUCUGGGUGGAUAAAAGAUCUGUGACCGUUGCGGUUCCUAUUCGCCAAACGAAGGAUGUUGACCAGCACUUAAGUUGGGAUAAGUGAACCUGUGUUCAAAGACUUAAACAAAAACAAAAACCCCACAACGGCAAAAAAGAAAGAGGACACUGGAAUAAAUUCUAGAAAGUUGCACUACUUGGUUUUUCCUUCUAAUCCAAGUUUAAUGGGGGCAUAGAGCCUUUUUUCUUCUAAAACCUAAAGAAAAUGUGUUUUGUUUUUUCCUUUAGUUUUCUGUUAGAUAAUUUAAAUCAGAUAGGACGGAUUUGACCUGUCACACCCAACAUGUGUAAAGUCCCUUUUGAGACUCCAGAGCUGUCUCAUUUCAUUACACUUGGACCUGUGUUAUAUUGAGACCCAAGAGUGUUAAUAUUGAGCACAGCUUUUACCCUUGUUGACAUUCAGAUUCAGAAAUAGGGUGAGAAGGUUAAAAAUACGGAAAAAAAUUCAUAAAAAUGUGGAAACAAAUACAUGUAAAAGAUACAGAAAAACACAUAAAUGUUCAUCUUGAUCUUAUUUUAAUUCCUUUGCGUUCUCUGAUACUAGAAUGUUCCAUGAUGACAUUCCAGUUCGGAGAAGGAACAUCAUAUAAAUCCACCUGUUGCUUUGAUAACUGUUAGAAUUUUGUUUUGUUCUGUUUUGUUUCACUUUUGAAUUUCUUGCUGAGCUAGUCCUUGUAUAUGAAACAGUCUCCCAGUUCGUUGGAGAAGAAAAACUAGUCCAUAUUGCCCAACUUCAGUGUCAAAAGUAGAGGGUGCAAAUCUUUGAGAGCAGUGUGAGGGGCACUCCCAUUGGGAGCUGGGCGAGGAGGAGUUCUUUGGGUAUUUUAAUGUGAAACAAAUGUAGGUUGGUCUCCAGGAGGCCUAGGUGGAAGGUUGGUAGCAUUUGUACAUUUUGAGUAUCAUUAAAUCCAAGUUUUGAAAAUUUCAGAUUAAAGAUCACAUGUUGCUUUGCCUUUUUUUUUUUUUUUUUUUCUU